CACACACACACACACACACACACACACAGACAGACGGAGCUGGUUCAGUUUUUGAAGCCGUGGCAUGAAUGAUCUCAUCUGAGGCUGAUCUCCGCUCCUCCUGCCGUCGAUCCUAUGACCGAAACAGGAGUAAAAUAACACGGACACGAGAGACACAACAUGUUCCCGAAGGGCACCAAGCGCAAGUUCUCCGACUCCGGGGAGGAGCCAGUCUCCAGUGGCGACCAGAUCCCGGCGGCUUCAGCUGCGGCGGCGGCGGCUCGGACGCUGACGUCCUCUUACAGCCUUCAGCGGCAGUCGCUGCUUGACAUGUCGCUCAUCAAGCUGCAGCUGUGCCACAUGCUGGUGGAGCCCAACCUGUGCCGCUCGGUGCUCAUCGCCAACACGGUGCGGCAGAUCCAGGAGGAGAUGACCCAGGACGGCACCUGGCAGAUCAUGACCCAGGCUCUGGCGGCCGCCCAGUGUCCUGCAGACCGCCUGGUGGCCACAGAGGUGCUGUGUCGGCAGACAGAUGCGGCGGCGCAGGCCGGGCAGAGCCCAAAGCCUUUCUCGGUGGUUGGCCUGGAGGAAGGCUACCACGCUGAGGAGGUGGUGAUGGAGGGAGAUGUGGAGACGGAGGUCACCAUGUCCACUCUUUCGCCCGUCUCCCCCCAGCUGUCCUCGUCCUCUUAUCUGGCAGGACCAUUUGGCAUGGGGCCCUGCUGGGAGGAGGAAGAGGAGGACGGUGAGUGCGAGGAGGACGAGGAGGAGGACAGCGAGGAGUGUGUGUCCGAGGGAGAGGACGGAGAGCAGGACCACCUGAGUGCAGACUCCAGGACAGGGGAGCAGGUUUUUGGGACCUUUGAGAUCAAGCACCCAGCUCCGCCCCCUGACCCAGCGCUGGACGAACUGUUUUCAGACGUGGACCCGUCCUACUAUGACCUGGAUACGGUGCUGACAGGUAUGCAGAGUGCCCCCAAGAUGGGGCCAUACGACCUGCUGGAGAGCCUUUCGUCUCACGGGCCCACGGCGCUCAGCUCCAGCUCCAGCUGCAGGUCGGACCUGAACGAACUGGACCACAUCAUGGAGAUCAUAGUUGGCUCCUGAGAGCCGGGACGGUCCUGCGGCCCGCGCUGACCCCUCAGACUCUUCAGACUAUGCACAGUACAUGUGUGCAUGUUCUGUAUGUGCUGUUGUUACACACUGAGACGGGUGGAGGUUUGACACAGGGUGGGAAACUGACGGCGAGACACGUUUUAGGACCGGCUGUUAGAGGCGGAGUUAACCUGCUCCAACUGUAGCCCCUUUUCCACUGCACAGAGAGCACACCAACAUCUGACCAACACCUGAAACAACACCUGACCAACACCUGCUAACAUCUGCUAACAUCUGGCCUUUUAAUGUAACGAAAAAAGUUAUAAUCAGUGUUCACUCCUGGGUCACAUGACUCUGCAGUGGUCAUCAGUAUUUAUUAACUCCAGUCAUUAAUGUAAAACACAACGUCUGGGUGAACGCACUAAUUUUAGGCCCUUAACCGGCGAGAUGCAAUGACACGCCACCACAAAAUAUGGUCUGUCUCCGCCCAGCAGCGCUCAGACAUCGAUGCGUACGAAUCUGCACUGAGUGUGAGAGACAGACUGAAUCCACAGUAAAAUUUGUUUUCCUGUAGUCUCAGCGUGUUUACUGUUUACCUGUUCUUUGACCUGUCUAUGACGUUGACAUGACACGCCAAAAAAAGGCGCACUGAUCUGCUGUAGAGUCGAUAGUGGGACACAAGUAUAUCUCCUGUUUUAAAGAGGACUUCCUGUGUUUAAAAAAUGGAUGUAGACGCAGUAAUCCAGGUGUAACAGGUGUGUCAGCAGGUGUUGGACCUCCAUCUUUGACUUUCUAACAGUCACAGUGUCGACGGUGACGUGAACGAGUCUGUUAGUUUCCCACCCUGUUGUUUGAACCCAAACUCUGUCACUGUGUGAGAGGGCGAAGAUAAUUAGUAUCCCAUGAUGCAUUCUUCUUUACGUUGUCUCCAUGUUUACGUCUGUCCAUCUCUAUUUAUUGUCACAUGGACUGAGGAACACCUGGUCAUGGUCACACUACAUCACACGCAGAACAAAGUGUAAAUGAAAUCUAUGAGUGAAGAUAUUUUCCUACAGAUGUGAGCAGUUAUGAUGGAGUCUAUGGAAAUGUACCUACCUGUAAAUACAAAUAUAUUUUUUGCAUUAUACAGCAGCGGGGGGAUUUUUGCAAGUAUCGUUUGAUAUUCUUCUUGUUUUUAUGUUUCCUCCCUGCUCAGUGGUUUUUUAAGAUUUUAAUGUAGCCAGACAGGAGCGAGACGGCGUCUUCCUGUGGUUUGGUAUCUGACGGGUGCGGCGACAUCGUCACACGUUCACAUUCUCUAAAGCUUUACACGCAGGACGGACACCUGUGAGGAAGUGUCCUCUGUCCUCUGUCCUCUGUCCUGCUUUACAUUCACACCUGAUGACCUGAAGCAUUUGGAGAAACCCCCGGGGUGAUAAUAUUAAUAUUAAUAAUAAUAAUUACUGCAUCAACAAGCCAUAUUUCUUUCUGUGCAGAUGAAGACUUCUGUCCUAAUUUAUUGUUUUUAUUUAUUGUAUUUAUUCUCUCCAGGUACACACCAUGCCAUAGUAUUGAUUAUUGAUCAGCAGGCCCCAUCAAAUUGUCCAAAUGAAUCUGCAGUGUUUCCUCCUCAGCUCUUUAUUAUUAGUAAUAAUUAAUAACCGGGUUGUUCCAGUCUCUAUGCAGCUCUGUCAGACGUGUUUGAUUGAUUGUAGACGACUCUAAUGUCCUUUAAGUCCUUUUAUGCAAACAGUUGCCUUUCUCCUGAAGAUGUGGAAGAUGAGACCUGGUUGGUUACCAUGGUGAUGAAGAGAUGAAACUCAGGCUAACACACACACACACACACACACACACACACACACACACAGUAUUACCACACGCUGAAUCCCGUAACACCACAACAACACUCCUGAAGGAUGUCACUCUGGUCUGAAUGGGAGCUAGAACUUCAAAGACUAAUUACCUUGUAAAAUGUAUGCAUUUUUUAUAUCCAGGAAAAAUUACAAAACCAUUGUAGCAUCUUUGUAAAUAUUUUUUAUAAUAAAAGGUGCAACUAUC